AUGUGGAAAUCGGCGGAAUCGAAACUGCUCUUCAAGAUUGACUUCUUCAUCCUUACCUUUUGCUGCGUCACCUACUUCUUCAACUACCUCGACCGCUCCAACCUCAACAAUGCCUACGUCUCCGGGAUGAAGGAGGAGCUCUCCUUCCAGGGGAACCAGCUGACUGUCAUCAACGCCAUCUUCACCGUGGGAUAUGUCGUGGGCCAGGUGCCCUGUAACCUGGCGCUGACGUACUGGCGCCCGCGCAUCUUCUUUCCGGCCAUGGUCCUGUUGUGGGGCGGCCUGACCAUGGUCACGGCGGCGGUGUCGUCGCCCACCGGGAUCAUGGCGGUCCGCUUCUUCUUGGGAAUCGCCGAAGCCAGUACCUUCUCCGGUACGCACUACAUCCUGGGGUCGUGGUACACCGAGCGCGAGCUGGGGAAGCGCAGUGGCCUCUUCACGGCGUCGGGGUUGGCAGGCACCAUGUUCGGUGGCUUUAUCCAGACGGGGAUCCAUACCUCCCUCGACGGGGUGCGGGGACUCUCCGGAUGGCGCUGGUUAUUCAUCAUUGACGGACUGAUGACUCUGCCCAUUGCCCUCUACGGGCUCUUCCUCUUCCCGGACACUCCCACUACCACCACCGCGCCAUAUCUGACCGCCGCGGAGAAGGAGCUGGCCGUGUCCCGUCUCCCCGAUACAAACGCGGCGCGCAGCCCGCUCAACAAGGCCUUCCUCAAGCGACUGUUCACCUCCUGGUACUGGUGGGGCUUCGUCAUGCUGUGGGUGAUCGCCGGCGAGACCGAGUCGUUCUCCAGCAAUGCGCUGCUGGCGCUUUACAUGAAGGCGCACCCGACCAACCACUACAGCGUGGCCCAGCUGAACAACUACCCGACCGGGGUGCCCGCCGUGGGCAUCGUGUCAACGCUUUUCUGGGCGACGCUGACCGACGUGCUCGGCGGGAAGCGCUAUCUCGUGGGGUACUUCAUCGGGGUCACGGGGGUGGCCACCUCGGCGAUGAUCCUCGCCUGCUUCGACUCCACGACGACAGUCUUCGCGGCGUACUACUGGGCGGGCGCGGUGUACGCCUGCCAGGCGACGUUCUUCGCCUGGUGCAACGAUGCCAUGCGCCAGCAAGAUGCACGUCAGCGCUCAGUGGUGAUCGCCAGCAUGAACCUAGGCAACAACGCCAUCAACGCGUGGUGGAGCGUGGUUUUCUACUCGGCGGAUCUGGCGCCGCGCUUCACCCGCGGCAUGUGGGCGAUGAUCGGCUGUUCAAUCGCCCUGGCGCUGUGGACGACCGCCAUCUUGGUGCAGACAGUGCGCGAGGAGAAGCGAGGGGAGCCACCGACCUCGCUCGGGGAUGUGACCCCGGUCGAUCAUUCCAUCAAGAAGGACGGUUAG